AUGCGGUGCCACCUACUUGCUGCCCUUCUUGCCUCAGAGGCCCUCGCCGCUCGACCAUUUCUUAACGAGCCGGACACUGGCAUCGACGAUGUCCUUGCCGACCUCCCAAAGGGCACGCUUCCGGACCUCUCGGAUAUCGUUGGUCUCCCCGACUUUGACUGGGCGGCUCGCCACUACCUCCCAGCAAAGAACUAUACGUACUACCGAAAUGGCGCUGCUGGAGAGUGGUCAUACCGCAACAACCUGGAGGUCUUUCACAGAUACCGCCUGAGGCCCCGGGUCAUGGUUGACAUUACGAACAUUGAGAGCACCUUGCCAACAACCAUCCUCGGCCACAACUUUUCUGCGCCCAUCUUCAUCAGCCCGUGCGCCCGAGGGGAGUAUGGUCACCCCGAAGCAGAGCUUAAUCUGGUGAAGGGAGCGGCUGCUGGGAACAUCCUAUACAUGCCGGCGCUCCUAGCAGCGUAUACUAUUGAAGAGAUUGCCGCCGCCAAAGCCGAAGGCCAGGUCGUGUUUCAGCAGCUCUAUCUUUCCUCGAAUGAUACCGAGACUCAGAACCUUUUGGAUCGCUCUAAAGCAGCGGGUGCCAAUGCCAUUGUGUUCACAGUCGACUCUGCGGCAGAUGGAAACAGACAUCGAGCUGCUCGCUAUGGUGUCGGAUCUGCUGACUCCGAGUACACUUAUAUCACUUGGGAUUAUUACAAGAAAGUUGCCAAAAUGACCGAUCUGCCCGUCAUCCUCAAGGGCAUCAUGACCGUGGAAGAUGCGAAGCUCGCUGUUAAGCACAAAGUGCCCGCCAUCAUCCUCUCGAACCAUGGCGGCAGGCAACUCGACGGCAGCCCGUCGUCUCUCGAAGUCGCUCUCGAAAUUCACCAAAAAGCUCCCGAGGUCUUCAAGAAGAUUGAAGUCUACGCCGACGGCGGUGUUCGAUAUGGUGCCGAUGUUCUCAAACUACUCUCUCUGGGCGUCAAGGCCGUUGGCUUGGGGCGGCCGUUUAUGUUUGCCAAUGUCUAUGGUACCAAGGGCAUUGAGAAGGCGAUCGAGAUUAUUAAGCAUGAGAUUGCGAUUGAUGCCGCAAAUCUGGGUGUUGGCAAUCUUGAAGAGAUUGAUGCAAACUAUGUACAAUGGACUCCUAAUAACUGGAUGGGAUAA